UGACUUGGAACAAGAGAGGUGAAGGCAUACGAUCUAACAUCCGCUCAAAACCUUACCAACUUGCCUAGCUGGUGAGAGAUAUUGUGAAGGAAAUAAGAAAAGAACGGAAUAGUCGAUAUUUGUAACACAUUUUUUCUGAAGACGUUGAACGAGUAACAUCAUUUCGGCACCUUAAACAUCACCAACAGUAGAAACAAUAUCCAGAGGGAGUGAAUGAGACGGCGAAGCUCAGUGAGAUCACCGUGAGGUGUGGUACAGAUUCAACGGACGGAGCUGCAGAGCGGGGGAAAGAAAGUGGCCGAACAACAAAAAUCACUUCCAUCAUACAAAGUUUUCAUUAAGAGUCGAAGAAGUGGAAAAAGUUCAGUCAGUCGCGCAGAGUGAUCGGACGAAGAAAGUCGUGUUUUUGUCUGCUGGAAAGGAACGUGCGUGUAGAACAAUUAGUUCAUCGGUAGAUUAAGUAAAAAAAUUAAAAAUGAAAGUCACAUUUUUGCUUGAACUUUUAUUGAUUCUCAUUAUAAUCGCUUUUGCUGCCUCAGCACCAGUAGAAGAGGGACGAAAUGCGCGGAAGGGUGCCUUAGUUCACCGACAAGCCGCUGAUGAUGUGGCGGAAGUUGCAGCAGUAGAGGUGGCCCCAGUUCCAGUUGUCCCAAUUUCUGGUGGCGAUGAUGACGACGACGACGAUGAUGAUUCAGACGAAUUCGAUCUAGGCGACGAUGAUUCGGCUGAAGACGAUGAUGCCGAUGAUGACGACGACGAUGAUGAUGAUGAUCUGAUUGGAUCAGUUGAAGAUGAAAUCGACGAUGAUGAUGAUGACGAUGACGAUGAUGAGGAUGAAGCAGCCUCAGCAGCCGUUGCUCCAGCAGGCCCAGUAGUUCUUGAUCAGCAGAAACAGUCGGCUGUUAGUCAACCCGCUCAGCCAGUUGCUGCCGUAGAUGAAGAUGAAGACGAUGAGGAAGAUGAUGACGAUGAGGAUGACGAUGAUGAUGCAUUGUCUUUUUUCGGUGAAGAUCUUCUAGGAGCCUUCGAUGACGACGACGAUGACGAUGAUGAUGAUGAUGACGACGAUGAUGAGGAUGUCGCUGUUGCCCCAGCUGCUCCAUCUGAUGCUCCCGGACCAGUUGCCCCAUCCAAAAAGAAGAAGAAGAAGCCAGUCCCAGUCAAGGAACCAGUUGCCGCCAACACCCAAGCUCUCCUCGACCUUGCCGACGCUGCCUCUGCCCAAAACGAAAUCGACGCUCCACCAAAGCAGAAACCAGAGGGAAUCGAUGUGAACAAUGAAGUGAACAAAAUCGUGGAAUCUCUUGCUGCUCAAAAGGCUGACCAGAACGCUCAACCAGCAACGGAAGCAGCUACUGAAGAGGAAGACGAAGCAGAAUACGACGAGGGCUCCCCAGAAAAGGUACAAUCAUUAUCCUCUGAUAAUAACAAAGUUGACGUUGUUGCCGCUCCUGCAGCUGUGACUGCGACGAAACCGACCAGUGACGACGACGACAUCUUUGAAGGUAUCACCUCUCUAGUGGACGAUGACGACGAUGACGAUGAUAGCGAUGAAGUGACCGCACAGAAAGUUGAUCAAUCUGCCGCAAACAGUGACACUGAGACGCAACCUGAGGACGCCGAAGACGAUGACGACGAUGAUGACGAUGAGGACAGCGAUGAAUUGAUCGACGAAAGUGCUGUAGAAGAAAUCGCUGAAUCUGAUGUGUGAUCAGACUGAGAAGAGACAAACAACUCAAUAUCCUGUUUCAUUUUCCACUCUCAAUCUACAGAUCAGAACUUUUCAGGAGAAGUAUAAAACUUACUUGCUUUGAAACUCCUGAGCAGCUCUACUAGAAUGAAAGUUUUGCGUUUUCAAAGUUAGUUAGAAAUUGAAGACAUUUCAGAGUCAAACGCCAAUCUUCUAUGGUUAGUUUCAAUCAUUCUAAGUAAUACUGACUAUUGCUAAUGCCAACACAAAAGAAAUCUGAGAUGGAAAUUGAUAACCGUUAUUGAAUUGUUCAACUUUUCAAGCAGGUGGUAUACAUCAAAAACUCUAGGGAUAAUCAGAAAGCAAAAUUAGCGAGAGCACAUGAGAGAAAUAAGACUCUUAUAUCAAGGGCUCGCGAACAGACAAACACGCGCGAAGUCAAAUUCCCACCCACUAACAGCUGCAAGUCUUCGAUUUACGAAGAUUUUAUUACAUGUAAAAUCAGUAUAUUUCUCAAUGAACGGUAAAGCAAAAGCCAUCAACAAUUAAGACCAUGUAAAAGACAAGUACUCGACACCAGGACUGUUGUCUUAGCGGACGUUUAGUGUUAGGGUAAUUUAUUUAUGUAUUUAUUUAUUUAUUUAUUUAUUUAAUUUAUUGAAAUGUAAAAAGACGAUUGACUUACUACAUUGAGAAAUAAAAUACAUGAAAAUGUCCCGACGCAAAUGAAAUUAUGAAAGGAAGCGAUGAAUAAACCAGAUCGAAUGAAAA